AUGAGCUGCCGCGCGGCUCCAUGGGGCCGCCCGUCGCCCCCCCGCGGCCGGCCCUUCCCCGCCUCGGCGCGCCUGCACAGCCCAUUCGGGGGUAUGAAUUCGUGGAAGAAUCCAGUUCUCAAAAACUCGUGGAGAAUCGGUGAUGUCCCGGCGAUGUUUGGGCUGCCGUCUGGACUGUUCAGAUGCAUGGCUUCAAAUGGCUCCGGGGAUGCUGGGUUUUCUCGUCCUCAAUCAAUUGAUGAAGCACCGAUGCCGCUGUACCCCUGGCCAGACAAGCAGCGGCCACGGGUAUGCAUUUUGGGUGGUGGAUUUGGUGGGCUGUAUACUGCUCUGAGACUAGAAUCUCUUGUAUGGCCUGGUAAUAACAAGCCUCAGGUGAUGCUUGUUGAUCAAUCUGACAGAUUUGUAUUUAAGCCCAUGCUAUACGAGCUCUUAUCAGGAGAGGUGGAUGUCUGGGAAAUAGCUCCGUAUUUUACGGAGUUACUGAAGAACACCAGUGUUCAAUUUGUGAAGGAUAGUGUAAAGCUUCUUCGCCCUUCUGAUCACUUAAGAAGGGAGCCUGGAGUGUCAUGCACUGGCGGAAUUGUUCAUCUUGAAAGUGGCACCGUUGUUGAAUAUGAUUGGCUCGUUCUAGCUCUAGGGGCUGAAGCUAAGAUUGACGUCGUUCCAGGAUCUGCCGAGUAUGCACUUCCUUUCACAACUUUGGAACAUGCUUUGAAAGUUGAAAGUGAAUUGAAAAUGUUAGAAAGGGGAAGGUUUGGUAAGAAGUCCCCACCUAUUCAGGUGGCCAUUGUGGGACUGGGUUACUCUGGUGUUGAGCUAGCUGCCACUAUCUCUGAGAGAUUAAAGAACACAGGGACUGUCAAAGCAAUCAAUUUUCAAACAACCAUCUGUCCUAACGCACCACCAGGAAAUCGUGAAGCUGCUCUGAAGGUUCUCGAGUCUCAAAAUAUUCAACUUUUCUUGGGAUAUUCGGUGAACUGCAUCAGAGAGGUUUAUGCAUCUGAGGAUUCAGGUAGCAUGGUUGCAGAUGCAAAAGAAGCUGGUGGUGGCUAUAAGAAACUAGUUUUGGAACUUCAAGCCGCUCAAAGAGGCCUCCAGAGCCAGGUUCUGGAGGCUGAUCUGGUACUAUGGACGGUGGGCUCACAAUCUCAGAUUCUUCGGCUACAACCUCCUGAUGCCCCAUACGUUAUUCCUUUGAAUGGCCGGGGGCAAGUGGAGACAGAGGAAACCCUUCAAGUAAAGGGCCACCCCCGAACAUUUGCAAUUGGUGAUUCAGCAGCUCUAAGAGACCCAUCAGGAAAAUUUCUCCCAGCCAACGCACAGGUUGCUUUUCAGCAAGCAGAUUUCGCUGGAUGGAAUCUCUGGGCGGCAAUCAAUGACCGGCCCCUUCUGCCGUUCAGGUUUCAAAACCUUGGUGAGAUGAUGACGCUGGGUAGAAAUGAUGCUGCGAUAACAGCAAAUUUCAUCGAGGGACUGACCUUGGAAGGACCUAUAGGGCAUGCUGCUAGGAAGCUCGUGUACUGCCUCAGGAUGCCCACUGAUGAGCACCGGGUGAAGGUUGGAAUCAGUUGGUUCGCAAAGGGCGCUGUCGAUUCGCUUGCCUCUCUGCAGACUGCAGUAAGUAACAUAAUCGCAAGCUCCUGA